ACCGAAUAAAAGGUACCCGGGUAAACGGCGCUCCACUGUAGUUGAUUUUUUUAAACCUACCGAAAACUACCGACAUUUUGGUGCUCCUGCCGAUAACCACAAAAAUUAUCUGGCCACACUGAUUAUCCGAUCCAUAACAAAUCAUCCCCCACCAUAUCAGUCAGGUGAUCAGGGACGGAAACGCAUAGCUAAAACCGAUCGAAAGGAAAACAAUUCCCCCCAAACCUAAGACCCUAGCCACAAGAGGUUGAAAAGUGUACCGACCGUCCGUUCAGUCAACCGGAACCGCCAACACGGAGAUGCCGCCGGAACCGAAGGAACUGAAUCCGCCUCACGGAAAGGUCGAAGACGAGCAGCAGGCAAGCGGCAGCUCGGCCGACGAAAGCGAUCCGCCAGCGAACGAAGAGGAGGAGAUCGAUCUGGAAGGCGCGACCGAAGAAAUUCUGGAGCUGAACGAUCGGCUCGACUCUCUCAGCACGGUGCUGGACAGUAUCGAGCAGCAGAACGAUGACCUGCGGUCCCAGAUACUGCUGCUGCUCGAUUCACAGCGCGAGACGCUCAAGUCGUUCAAGGAGGAAAACAGCCGGAUCGCCGCGAAGGGCACAGCGGACCGGCCGGACGGUGACGAACCGAUGCAGGAGAGUUAGGAAGUAACAUGGGGCGUGCAGUUGUUUGUACUGGCGGGGGUUCGCUACGUGGGUUUUGUAGAGGUAAUCAUUCCAGGACAAUGUUUCUGUAUUUUUUGUUUAUUUUCUGUUUGUGUUAUCGGCGGAACUCGGGCCAGGCCAUGCGCAGGCCUUCAAAGUCCUGUGCGACCAAUUGAAAACCGUGUGUAUAGAAUAAAGUAGGUUGCUGCCCAAAAGGAGCUAUUAUAAAAAAUUGUACAUUAAGCUUUCCGCUAGCGUUCACGGGGACCACGGGUAACCUAUGCUGCGAAAGUGGCACAGUUGAAACAACAGCUUUUUGGAUAGCGAAGUGUGACCCGGGCGAGACUUUAGCAAACCUUAGGAAAGGCCAAAAAAUUAAAAUGAAAGUCGAGACAGUGUCCGUUGAAGUUCUGAAUUAAAUGGUUGUUUGGCUUAUAAAGACGUUGAGUCUCGCGACUGCAUUCGUCUCUCUCCUGAAUUAAUUCGGGAGUUUAUUCAACAAAAUCGGUUCUUCUAGACUAACAUGUUUGAAAGUGUUGAAACGUGUUCGUACACCUUUUUUAGAAGAAUUGGUGAGUGUAUCAAAAUAUUUAUCCCUUUUUGAAAAUCUAUUAUUUGUUUUUUUUAUGUUCCUUAUGUUUCCAUAUGCAGCUAAUGCCUCAAUCCUAAUCCGUGUUGCUUACACUUAUCGAUGAGCUCAAGAAAUGGGCCGUUCCCAAAAAAAAAACCCUGUUGUUUCAGCCGGCGGUACUGAUUUCAUGCGAUAAAUAAAAGAGUAUUUUAAAAACUUCUCAAA